AUGACUGAGGCAUCCCACCUCCGCGGAAUGCUGAACCGGAACUUCAUGGAGGGCUCAAAGCCUGGACUUUUGGAUUGUAUUUCCACACGGCAAUAUCCCACUGAAGUUCCCGUGCGUAUACAAGCUGGCUGUCUCUAUGCCCUGCCUUUUAUACCUUUGAGCAAGAGAAAGAGUGCGGCCGUUGUGCGCGAUAUGCAAGGGUUUGAUUUAUACCCGGUCAACGACCAGCAAUAG